CGUAUGUAAACGCAACCUGCUUGUGACCAGUGCCAGCAGUAGUUUGCUCUUUGUUUCUCUGCAAAUGAGAGUAUCCUCGUCUUCGCCUUAUUCUCUACCUAUCUCCCAACGGCCAUCCACGUCAUGGAAGCAGAAGAUUCUCGCUCUUGCCUUUGGGAUCAUAUUCAAUGUGGGCUGCAUGACGAUCAAUAUCUCUCAAUUCAUAUUCCUUCUUCCUUUGAGGAUUCUCCCGUUCAAGCGCUCUCAGAGAUUGUACGAGGAAGGGAUACGUUACACGAAGGGUGCAUUUGGGUGUCUCUUGAUUCUCAUCUGCCAAUGGUUCUCGCCUACUAAAUUGGUCAUUACUUUCGAAACGAAAGGGAAAGGAGCGCUUACGGAGGAAGAGAUAGCAAACAUUGUCGUGCGGAACGAGAGUGGGGACCUUGUUUCCCUUAAUCUACCCCAUAGGUUUGUAUACAUCGCCAAUCACCAGGUUUACGCCGAUUGGUUGUACGCGUGGUGUUUUUUCUACUACAUUGGUCAAGGCGUUCACGAACACGUCUACAUAACGCUGAAGAAGAGUCUGAAAUGGGUUCCAAUCGUCGGAUGGGGUAUGCAAUUCUUCGACUUUAUCUUCUUGGAGAGAUCAUGGGCUUCGGACAGGGUACAACUCGCUCGUCACUUAUCUGAAUUGGGCAAAUCAGCAGAACGUGAAAAUCACCCACUGGCUUUCAUAUUGUAUCCAGAAGGGACUCUGGUAAGCAAGAACACGCGUCCCGUAAGUCGCAAGUUCGCAGACAAAAUGGGAAUAUCCGACAUGACGAACAUCCUUCUCCCAAGAUCCACCGGAUUGCAUUAUACUCUUCGCUCUCUUGCACCCCGAGUUCGAGAUCUUCGUAUGAUAGAUGCCACCAUGGUGUAUCCUGGUAUUCCACCGCUCGGCUACGGUCAGGAUUACUAUACAUUGAGGUCCAUAUUCUUCGACGGCAUUGCUCCACCAGCGAUCCACGUUCACUUGCGCAUCUUUGAUAUUAACAGGGAUGUUCCAAUUGGAGAUCUCUCUACGACCAAUCCCUCCACCCUACCUGGACCUAGCCGGGAAAGAGCCGUAGAAGUGGAUGUCCUCGAGAAAGAGAAGGUAACCUUCGACCUAUGGCUCCGAGAGUUGUGGACGGAAAAGGACAAGAGUAUUUCACAAUUCCUAGACACCGGAAAAUUCUCUAUUUCUACCCCUCCUGUGGAAAUUCCAUUGAGGUUGCGCCGGAAUAAGGAAGUCUUCGAUGCAUUCUGUUUUUUCCUUCCUUUUGCUUUGAUUUACGCUGUACGGAAACUUUUCCAUUGA